AACAUGCGGGAUUACGAUGAAGUUACCGCUUUCCUGGGAGGAUGGGGACCCUACCAGAAGUUUAUCUUCGUACUUUUGAGUGCCAGCGUCAUUCCCAACGGUUUCUCCGGAUUAAGCAUAAUUUUCGUCGGAGAUAUUCCAGAGCAUCACUGCUCAAUUCCCGGGAACCUCAACCUCAGCGAAGCGUGGAUGAACAGGACGAUCCCUCUGGUACAAGGAGCCGAACUCCAGCACAGCAAAUGCAGUCGGUACCGGCUGGACGUGAUAAUGAACCUUUCGGAGACAUUCCCCGACCCAGAUUUCUUCAACAUGUCUCAGAUCGAACAGGAACUGUGUCUGGAUGGAUGGGAGUACAGCAAGGAGCAGUAUAUCUCCACCAUCGUCUCCGAGUGGGACUUAGUGUGUAACGAUAACUGGAAAGAGCCUUUCACUGUAUCAAUGUACUUCAUGGGAGUAUUGGUAGGUUCCUUUAGUUCUGGAAUAUUAUCAGACAGGUUUGGGAGGAAAGUUGUUAUGUUUGGGACGAUGGCGAUGCAGGUUGCAUUCGGUGUGCUUAUCACAUUCUCACCAAACUGGGAAAUCUUCUGCCUGAUUAAUUUCUUGAAAGGCAUUGGUGAGAUUUCAAACUUUGUGGCUGCCUUUGUUCUUGGAUCCGAACUUCUUGCGAAAUCCUAUCGGGUUGCAUACUCUACAGUUGGAAUUGGCAUUUUUUAUGCAUUGGGCUAUAUGUUCUUGCCUUUUGUUGCAUAUUUCAUAAGAGGAUGGCGGAUGCUGAUAUUGACCCUGGCUCUCAGCUCUUUGUUGUACCUUCCUUUGUGGUGGUUUAUUCCUGAAUCUCCACGCUGGCUACUGUCUAAGGGAAGAGUAGAGGAGGCUGAAUCAAUAAUUCGAUAUAUGGCAAAGAAAAAUGGUGUCACUCCACCAGCGAUACUUUUCAGUGAGCUUGAGCUCGAACAUAUAAAGAAUAAAAAAGUAAAAUCUGUUGCAUUUACUCAAUUGAUGAAAACCUGUAAUAUCCGAGCCAUCACAAUCAUUAACUUUCUGCUGUGGAUGAUUAUAGCAAUGGGAUACUACUGUCUGACUUUGAACGUAUCCAGUCUCCAUGGUGAUGAUUAUCUGAAUUGUUUCCUCUUUGCUGCCUCAGAGAUUCCGGCCAGCAUAGCAACAUGGCUUCUCCUCUGGAAAUGUUCCCGCAGGUUCAGCCUUUCAGGCAUUCUUUUUCUUAGCGGAAGUGUCCUGCUCUUCACACAGCUCAUUCCAUCAAAUCUCUCAACACUUACUAUGGUGCUGGUAUUGAUUGGAAAAUUAGGAAAUACAUGUGCCUUUUUCAUGGUUUAUGUCUACACUGCCGAACUGUAUCCUACCCCAAUGAGAAACACAGGCGUCGGAGUGAAUUCAAUGGCCUCCAGGCUCGGCAGUAUCAUUUCGCCUUUCGUUAUUUUGCUAGAUGUUUAUCAAGAGAAUCUGUCGUUGAUUGUGAUGGGGGUGUUGACAAUAUUCUCAGCAUUUAUCGUUUUGUUUCUGCCAGAAACACUUAGUGCUCCUCUCCCAGAUACCAUUGACCAAAUGCAAAAAAUUAAGUGGUUCAACAGCACAAGACGUGCUCGCUCUAAUUCAGGUAAAAAUGAAACAAUGAGAAAAACCAAUACGGUGAUCCUUCAUGAGGAAGUACUUUUGACCACAGAUCUUCAGCAGCAGACAAUGAACUGA